AUGGCACCAAACAAUGAAACCAUAGCGCGGGCGAGAUUCCUCCAAGAGGCUGCUCAGCUCCUCGCCGUCUCUUCUCCAACGGCAGCAGCAUUCAUUGGGAGGGCACAUCACAAGUUUGUCGAAGAUGCUGAGAUCGAAAUUCCAAGUAAAGAAGCCGAUGCUUAUCGACGCAGCAUUUGCAACGCUUGUGGAAACAUUAUGAUUCCAGGAUGGUCAUGCAAAGUCUCAAACCACCUUCCCGGUGAAGGCCCUAUAAGGAACGACAAUAAGGGAUCCAAGAAGCUACCACAGCUAGACAAAAGCAUCCGCUAUACUUGCUUGAUGUGCCAUCGGGAGACAGUUCAAGCACUUCGCCACAAAGCACGCAGAAAGGAUAAGAAAUCAGCACCUGUACUAGAUGCAGCACCCGUUCCAACAUCAAAGACCCCGGCAAAAGGAGUCGACAACGCGCCCAAGACACUGAAUGCCAGCAGCAAGCAAAGACAAAAAGCACGCAAAGGUGGCUUGCAAGCCAUGCUCGACAAAAAGAAGUCGCAGAACUCGGCCAGUGGCGGCCUCGACCUUAUGGAUUUUGCCAUGUGA